AUGGUGGUUGGAACCUGGAAGUUCAGAGUCACAGAGAUUAAAUGUUGCUUUUGUAAUGUAUUUUUUUCCUUUUUGCUAGCUGGCUUGCCUUUUGCAAUUCUCAAUUCAAGACGUAUCCCCUUCCAGAGAGGAGUUUUCUGUAGUGAUGAAUCCAUCCGGUAUCCAUACAAAGAGGACACCAUUUCUUAUAAGUUGUUAACAGGAAUAAUUGUUCCUUUCAGUAUAAUUGUUAUAAUCUUAGGAGAGACUCUCUCUGUCUUUUAUAACCAUUUGCACUCAAACUCAUUUGUCAGAAAUAACUACGUAGCCACUAUCUACAAAGCCAUUGGAACCUUCAUUUUUGGAGCAGCUGCUAGCCAGUCAUUGACGGACAUUGCCAAGUACUCCAUAGGCAGACUGCGUCCUCACUUCCUUGCGGUGUGCCAGCCUGACUGGGCACAAGUCAACUGCAGUCUGGGUUACAUUGAGAACUUCCCGUGCCAAGGAGACAAAGCAAAAAUCAAUGAAGGAAGGUGAGUCUGAUGGAUCUUGUAAACUUGGUU